AUGAAGUCAUUACAUUUCACUCGGUUCGCUCGCCGCCCAACAGAAGAGGACAAAGCAAGAUCCACACUCAACUUGUCAGCGACAAAGCGCCGCCCACUCCCGCGCUGCGAUUGGUCUACAACAGCACUGCUUGUGAACAUGACCUACCAGCCAAUCCCAGAGCACGGAGGGGAGACGGCACCGGCCAAUUCCAGCUCGAAGGAGGCGGGGCUUGUGUGAAUACGGGUGGGGAAAAAAACACACGCAGCGGCGCGGAGCCGUUACGAACCAAGUGUCACCCGCAAUCAGCCCUUCAAAUGGGGUGGAUCUCGAAAUCCCACACAGCAGCGAUGAAGUCGCGAGCUGAACCGGCGCCGUUACAUUAGACCGCGAGGGCUGGAGAGAGAAACAGAUCACUUCUUUCAUUCUGCCUGAUCGCAACCACCGUAACCGCGAAGAUGAAGCGGCGGAAGGUCGUCGUAGCGGCCGGUUUCUGUCUCUCCUUCUUCCUCGGUACGCUGUUUAAUCUGCUCUCCGUGCCCGCGUUCGAGCACCAGCAGCUUGGAAAACAACAGCAGCAGCAGCAGCAGCUCGAGGCGAGUCUCGAGCCCACCACCGCCGCGGCCACCAGCGGCCACGCGCUGCUCCGCUCCUUGCGGCAGCAGAUUCGCGCGCGGCUGCGCGAGGCUCUCCGCUACGGGCCGUUCCCCGAGCGCGGCGCGCGGCCGCCGCUCGAGCGCAGGCGCCUCAUGGACCUGCAGCGCGCGCAAGAGGAGGAGCGCGAGGAGCGGGAGCACGGGAGCGCGCCGCGGCUCGGCUGCAGCAGCGUGGACGCCGCGAGCGACGUCCGCUUCGUGGGCUCUGGGUACACCAAGGCCGUGUACCGCGCCGCGCUCAACGGCAGCUUCGCCGUAGCGCUCAAAUCGGUGGACUUCGGCGGUCACGACAUGGAGGAGUGCGUGAGGAAGUACGGCUCCGCGGGAGACUGCUACAGACUGGCGUCCGUUAAACUGGUGAAGGAGAUGGCGCUGAUGGAGAGGCUGCAGCACCCCAACAUCCUCAAGCUAUAUGGCUACUGCUACCAGGACAGCAAUGAUAUUAAGGACACAGUGACUGCCAUCACGGAGCUGGGCAGCCCUCUGGAGAUGAUCCAGUUGCUGCAGACGCCCUGGGAGGAGAGAUUCAGGAUCUGUCUGAGUCUGAUGCGGCUGCUGCACUAUCUGACCCAUUCUCCGCUGGGCUCUCUCACCUUGUUGGACUUCAGGCCCAGGCAGUUUGUGCUGGUGGACGGAGAGCUGAAGGUGACGGACCUGGACGAUGCCAGUGUGGAGGAGACACCCUGCUCCUCCUCCUCAGAUUGCCUGCUGGAGUUCCCUGCCCGCAACUUCACACUCCAGUGCAGCAAUGGGCACUGCCAGGGCAUCAACGAGAAGAGGAACUUGUACAAUGCCUACAGGUUCUUCUUUACCUACCUGCUCCCUCACAGUGCCCCCACUGCCCUCAGGCCUCUUCUCGACAAGAUUGUCAACUCCACAGGGGAGCUGCUCUGGGGCACCGAUGAGACUCUAGCUCACCUUGAGAAGGCGCUGGACAUUUACAGGAGUGGACAGUACCUCAUGAACGACACACAGAUGCAUAAAACGGAAUAUAAACGGGUGGUGGACGCCUCAAUUCCUGGAGAAAACUACCGCUGCUGGCCAUCAUAUCAGCAUGACGGAUGCAUGCUGUCUGUUUAUGAUGUCCGUGAGGCCAUUGGGGUCUGUGAGAGCCACGUUCAAUGCAGAGCUUUUGUCCUGGGCAAUCAGAGCACCUGGACAGGACACCAGCUUGUGCUCUUCAAGACGGGCUCGACCAGCAUGACGUCAGCUAAAGGCAAGCUAACAUACGUCAAACUGGGCAGCUGAGAGAGAGAGAAAGAGAGAGAGAUGAAGAGGUUGGUCCUGCACCGCCAUCUCUCCCUCUAAUCGUCUCCUAUGGGACUGAGUUGAGGAAGGUGUGGUCAAAUCAUCUGUACGCUCCUUCCUCCAUGUGUUUUUUUUGAAUGAUCCAAGAGGAAGCUGACCACAUUGAGGCCCCACCAGAGUGCAAUAUCAGUAUCUUCUGUCUGAAGCUUAGCUUCCUCUUCUGAGGUUCUGAACGUGGAUAUGAAUGUUUCAAAUGGGCUAAAUGUUCAGGCUGGACUUCUACCUGUAUGUCUGUUUAGGCACCUUUCAAAUAUUGGUACCACAGAAUGCUACAAUAGACACAAGCCCUCUAGCAGAUCACAAACAAAGUUUUGUCUCAUAGCAAAGCUAAGAGAAUUCUGUGGAUAUGUUGAUGAAUUAAAGGGACACAGUGGUGCAGUAGUCUCUAAAGUGAGAUUUCCCAGUUUAAAUAGUAGGAAACCCCCAUUCUGAUGUAUCUUGAAGGUGGGAGGAACGUCUGCAAUAGUACAGCUGCUUUAAGGUGAAAUUUUGGAGGUGGACUGUUUGAGCUGGCAAUUGCUGAAGGAAGCUGGAGAGGUAAUGUUAUUGCUGGAAGGCCAAAUAUCAAUUGGAACUGUAUAAUUGUGUUAAUUAUUUUGAUUACAAUAGUGGAUAGGUCUCUCAAAUGACCGAAAUGACUCAUGAGAUGAAGAUAGCAAGCUAAAAGCUAAUUAGCAAGGCAGCUACUUGGCUCUCUAGACAACUUACCUCAGUUUGGCUUCUUGUUUGUGGCUAAAAGGGUAAUACGUGGUGUCUGGUGUCCAUUUUUUGCUGCGAUUAGUGAUAGAAUCGACAGGCCAGUAGUGUCUAGUGGCUAGACUAGCAGUCAGGAUUCAUUGACACCACAGGAAUUGUGUGACAUUUAUUUUAGACCAGAAUGCCCAAAAUGAAGUCAAUCAACAAACAUUUGUCUUAAUAAAUGCAACUGUGUCACGUCUAACGAUUAUCUGAUCAAAUUUAAACAAUCAGCCAAGAUGUUUGUUGUAGGAAAUUGGCUUCAGUUCCUUCAUAGUGAAGCUAAACAUGUCUUGGCCAACCCACUACACCAGAACACCCAUAAGAUGUGAACUAUUUCUUUAAAAAAAACACAAACUUUAAUGUAACGCAACAAAUAUUGCCAGGGUUAUGUAUAGAAUUAAAAUUGCAACGUGGCAUUUUUAUCCAUAUUGUGCAGCCCAAGUGUUCUCAAUCACAGUCAAACACACAUCAAGAACCUGUCAAGAAAGACGUCCUUUCUUUUUUAUGACCCAUCAGAUUCGGUCUGCAUAUCUCAGGUGUGUCUGGUACAGCCCAUAUCUGCAUAUCCACUCUCUUGUACUCCUCUCCCUUCUUCUCUUAGGUCAUCAGCACUUUUUUUCAAGUCUAACAGGGUCUUUUAUUUUUGUGCUGAAUUUUUAAAAAGAACUUCCACUUUGAUUCCAAAUUGUUUAAGGGCUUUGUUUGUAUGGUACAAAGAAAUGGUACAACGUAGGAUUCAGGAUUUUGGUGGUUCUGUAGAGCAACUGAAAUAUAUGAAAGUUACUGUAAAACAUUAAGACGAAGCUGAAAUAUAUUUUCCUCCAAAUGGAUGUUUGUUGACCAACUGUAAUAAUCAGUCUAUGUGUUUGUCCAUUUACUCUUAUGUUAAGUGGAGAUCCAAGCUUGUGCCCACUGUGUCCAUGACCCCUUGUAACACAGUGAACAAGGUAUAUUUCUCAGUCUAUGAAUUUCCCAAGGAAAUGUGAAGCUUUUACUUGACAGGUGAAGGACUGAAUGAUUCUCUGCUUUCAGAGAAAGCAAUGAAACUGAAGUCGACACGUACAUGAGCUUUGGCUUUUAUAAUGAUGUAUAUAAUGACAGUGUUGAUGAAAGCAAUAUUUUUGUAUGAAAAUAUAAGUCCUAUGGCUUUA